AUGGCACCAACAACAAACAACGUCAAAAUCAUCUUUGGUGGAGCCGCCUUCAACACCAAUUAUGGCUCCACGGCUGACAAAGUUAGCGAAGUCCUCGCCUGGCUCGAGAAGGAAGGCAUCAAGACUAUCGACACUUCCGAGGUCUAUGGCGACAGUGAAGAGUUACUCGGUGCCGCGAACGCGGCCGGAAAGGGAUUCAUAAUCGAUACUAAGAUUGGAGGAGGGUUGGCAGGCGUCAAGUCGAGUGGGGAGAGGGUUGUCAAGGCGGCGGCGGAGAGUUUGAGGAAGCUUAAUACUGAUUCUGUAGAUGUCUAUUUCAUCCACACCCCCGACAAACGCGUCCCACUUAAAGACACCCUCCACGGCAUAAACCAAAUCUACAAAGAGGGUAAAUUCAAACGUUUCGGUCUAUCCAACUUCGCGCCCGCUGAAGUCGAAGAAGUCUGCCAAAUCGCUCUUGAAAAUGACUUUGUUCUGCCUUCUGUAUAUGAAGGGAACUACAACGCAGUUGGACGACGAAUUGAGACGGAACUGUUUCCCAUCCUACGCAAAUACAAAAUUGCGUUUUAUGCGUACAGUCCUAUCGCGGGUGGAUUCUUGACGAAGUCGCCCGAGGACGUUAUGAAUGAGAAGGGAAGGUUUGAUACGAAACUUAUGUUUGGCAAGAUGAUGAAUACUCUGUACAACAAGCCGUCCAUGUUGGAAUUCUUGACCGAGUUUGGAAAAUUGGCCACCCAAGAAGGCAUUUCGCAGGCGGAGUUGGCGUAUAGAUGGAUUGUGUACCAUUCACAUUUGGAUGGUGAGUUUGGGGAUGGUAUAAUUAUUGGGUCGAGGUUUGGGGAUCAUUUGACUGCGACUAUCGAAGGGUUGAAAAAGGGUCCGUUGAGUGAGGAGGCUGCUAAGAGGAUGGACGAGUUGUGGAAGGCAGUUGAGAAGGAUUCGAUUUUGGAUAAUUGGAAUGACUACCUAUCGAAGAACAGUCUAUAG